AUGCCCUCCCUAUAUCACCAUUCACAGAGACCAAGAGUUCGAGAUCAGGCUUUACAACCAUACAGUCUGGAUGUCCACCUCAGAAAUAGCUUCCAAUUCUUUCAAAAAGGCCACCAGGGAGGGAGUCCUCAAUUGCGUGAUUAUGUGAAGGGGAACAACAAAGAAGAGAAAAAAGUGCCCAUGACAGCACCAGUUGUGACAGAUGCAAUAUUGUCUAGUGGAAGUCCUUCCUGCUAUAACUCUUCCUUUGUGGUUCGCCUGCACAUGCCCAAACAAUUCCGAGACUCUCCUCCUGCUACAAUGGAUGACAUGGAGCUGCACCCACAUCUCAUAAACUCUCGUUGUACUGUUGUGAGGGCUUUUGGAGGAUUUACAUCAGACCAGAAUAUCAAGGAGGAGGCUAAGAAGCUUAAAGAAACUCUUGUUGGAACUUCUUGGGGAACUUUGCUGAGGAGUAAUUUUACCAACGAGUGUUUGUCUAAGGAUGUUCCCUUUGUUUUUACAGUUGCACAGUAUAAUUCUCCCUUCAAUAAUGUUAGUAGGGUUAAUGAAGCUUGGUUAACCUUGGAUGAUUCUAAGUGUUCAAUAUAG